AGGGAAUACUUACUUUGGCUUUUAUAAAUACCUUUUGUCGGGACAUAGUGACCACGAAGCAGCAGUCUUUAAGUUGUGGUGUUUAUGGGACGCGCUGUGGAACAAGACGAGCGCUCCCGUGUUGCCGUGGGCGGGGCCACCACUGCUGUCAAUAACCGAGUGUUGUUAUUUGGUUUUACCAGCUUGAGAUUCUCAGAAACCAAAUAAGUCGUUCAAAUAUGACGAUGCUAAGCAGUUUAUCUGAAGAGGAGAUCAGCGAACUUCUCGACGAGUACAAGAUCAAGCAUGGACCAGUUGUCGGCUCAACCAGAAGCCUGUACGAGAAGAAGAUCAGAGAAGCCAUGGCCAAGGAUAAGCAAACCGUGAACGUGUCUCCAGACAAAACCUACUACAGAGAGGAAGAGGAGGAAAUCACCUACAUACACAGGACUCCUGUCUGGAGUGACCUGACAGGAAACAGCUCUAACCUGAGAUCACGGGGGGAUUGGACUGAGCGAGAUUAUGAAUACGAGGCCCGCAUGUACAAAUCUGCACCCACCACCAGAACCCCCUUGAUGUCCACACCAGUGCAGGCACCUGCAAGUCCGUCCCAGCCAGCCAAGUCUUCACGCCUCAUCCCUCUCUGGUUUCAGUUUCUAUUCUUUGUGGCUGUAGCCGUCUUUAUCUACCUGCUUGUCACCAGCAUGGAGAGCAACCAGUCCAUCCAAGGAAUUGAGUGACUUCAAAUGGAGUUCAUUGAGUUGUUAUGACAUUUUAGCUAUUUUUAACAUUAAUUGCAAGGUCCAGAGAAAGGUUUUAUGAAGCAAGCGUACCUGUCAUCUAUCUUCGGUGAGCAUGGUUGCUGGGAGCUGUUCAAGUGCACGAAUGUUCUUGCUGAUGUCAAAGAUUUCUAGAUACAUUUUUGUACAACUGUUGCUUUGCACUCCUGAUCUCUGCAGGGAAAUAAAUAAAACCUUUUUGAAUCAA